UCACGCAUAUGUUACUUCCCACUAUAGAGGUAGUAACAUAGAGUAGUAACAUGCCAAUGUAGUAACAUGCCAAUGUUACUACUCUAUGUUACUACCCACUGUGGCUAGUCUAAGAAGCUUAGUGAUAUAGUAGACGGGGAAGAACAUUUGAUAUGUAAUGUAAAUAGGAAACAAAUUCGAACCAGGCCGCCAGCCACCUAACCUCGCGCCGUCGUGCUUCGUGCCCCAUCCUGACCCAAAGUCACGGACGUGAUGGAAGAAGCCCGACACGCGCCUCGGGUCCCCGGCAACCCGUGGCCUAGGAAGCUAGGACGAGUGACUCCGCGCGCCACCCAUGCUGACGCCGCAACUCCUGACCUCCGGGGAGCUUGCGCGCGGCGCUCCCCUCACUCACUGAGCUCUGUGCCCAUACGUCGUCGACGGUUAGCCCCCUCGCGGAUCCAGACACGAUCUCUCCAUCCAUAAAUCCACGGCCCCCGCCGGCCGCAGAUCACACCGCAAGAAGAAGAAUUCUACCCAGGCACUGUUUAGCAGUACUCUGAACCAGAAGCUCCUCCCAGCUAGCUCAUCGAUCGCCAUGGCGCAGGCGGAGAGCGAGCGCAUGUGCGUGGUCAUGUUCCCGUGGCUGGCGCACGGCCACAUCAGCCCGUACACCGAGCUGGCCAAGCGCCUCGUCGCCAGCGCCUCCGACAACCACCUAAACGUCGUCGUCCACCUCGUCUCCACGCCGGUCAACCUCGCGUCGCUCGCACAUCACCAGACGGACAGGAUCAAGCUCGUUGAGCUCCACCUGCCGGUGCUCCCUGACCUCCCGCCCGCGCUGCACACCACCAAGGGCCUCCCGGCCCGCCUCAUGCCGGUCCUCAAGCGCGCCUGCGACCUCGCCGCGCCGCGCUUCGGCGCGCUCCUCGACGAGCUCACCCCGGACAUCCUCGUCUACGACUUCAUCCAGCCGUGGGCGCCGCUCGAGGCCGAGGCGCGCGGCGUGCCGGCGGUCCACUUCGCCACCUGCGGCGCCGCUGCGAAGGCGUUCUUUGCCCACUGCCUGAAGACGGACCGGCACCCCAGCGCCUUCCCGUUCGAGACCAUCAGCCUCGGCGGCGUCGACGAGGAUGCCAAGUACACGGCGAUGCUCGCCGCCCGCCAAGACAGCACCGCCCUGGUUCCCGAGCGCGACCGCGUACCGCUCAGCCUGGAGCGCUCGUCCGGGUUCGUGGCCAUCAAGUCCUGCGCCGACAUCGAGGGUAAGUACAUGGACUAUCUGUCGCAGCUCCUGGGCAAGGAGAUCGUCCCCACCGGCCCGUUACUCGUCGACUCCGGUGGAUCGGGGGAGGAGCGCGACGGCGGCCGCAUCAUGCGGUGGCUGGACGGCAAGGAGCCGGGCACCGUGCUGCUCGUCUCGUUCGGCAGUGAGUACUUCAUGUCGGAGCGCCAGAUGGCCCAGGUGGCGCGCGGGCUGGAGCUCAGUGGGGUCCCCUUCCUGUGGGUGGUUCGGUUUCCGAACGCAGAGGACGACGCCCGCGGCGCGGCGAGGUCCAUGCCGCCGGGGUUCGCGCCGGCGCGCGGGCUGGUGGUGGAAGGGUGGGCGCCGCAGCGGCGCAUCCUGUCGCACCCUUCCUGCGGCGCAUUCCUGACCCACUGCGGGUGGAGCUCGGUGCUGGAGUCGAUGGCGGCGGGGGUGCCGAUGGUGGCGCUGCCGCUGCACAUUGACCAGCCGCUGAACGCCAACCUCGCGCUGGAGGUGGGCGCGGCGGCCGCGCGCGUGAAGCAGGAGCAGUUCGGGGAGUUCCAGGCGGAGGAUGUGGCGCAUGCAGUGUGCGUGGCUGUGAACGGGGAAGAAGGGCAGGCGGCGAGCCGCCGUGCGUGGGAGCUGCAGGAGGUGGUGGCGCGGAACAACGGCGAUGACAGGCAAAUCGGGACGUUGCUACAGAAGAUGGCGCGGCUCUGUGGCAAGGGCCAGGCCGUGCCAAAUUAGUGGGCUUUUAAAGGAAAAAGUCCAAAAUAAAUUUUGAACUUGUAGACCAAAUUAGUGGGCUUUUCCGUACAAGUUUAAGGUUUGUUUUGGACUUUUUUCAUUUUAAAGCAGUUUUUGUCAAGAAUAAAAAAAGAACGGACGGUGACUGGCGCAGCGGCUGCCGCAACCCACAGACGCCUUCCCAAAUCGUAAGGUCUGUGGUCCCGCCAUACUUGUGAGGCAUUGUACAAUGCUAGGUGCUUAGAAAAAUAAACUGGAUUUUUCUGAAACAUCGGUGCCUAUUUGUAAAAGAGAGUUCGUGAGUUUAAAGUUCAACGGAAAGGGGAGGGUGACCACCCGAUAAGAGAAACAAGGCGGGCAGAUCAUAGAUGCCCCACUAGAUCCCGGAGAGUGUCAAUGCUAUGAUGUGUGGUUGUUGUCGGUGUCCUCAA